GUUAAUUUAACAUUUUUGGUUCAAGAUACGAAAAACGGUAGCGCGACCCUUUCUCCAAAUAUUCAACUUUGCCGAUGCGUAAACGGUGAAUGUUUUGUUCCUGAAGCUACAUCAGAACAGGAGGCAGCAAUCGAAAAUACUUUUCUUGUUAUGUCAUGCAAUUGUCUUUUUGGUUAUACCGGGGAAUUCUGUGGAGAAGUGAGAGAUUUCUGUGCAGGAGAAUUGACGCCACCUUGUAAUCCUUUGGUCACAUGCGCUAAUUCUGCAGCAGGUUUCAUGUGUGGGAAUUGCCCGAAUGGGUACGAAGGAAACGGACAAAUUUGUUCAGGUCAGUUAAUUAACCAAUUAUGGAAAUAACUGACAGUCCUUAUACUCCUUCCACUAUAGUUCGCUUCCACAGUAUCAUAUGUGGCACUAGUAGCUACGUAGUAUGCUUAAACGACAUAGCCGUCUACUGUUAAUCCCCGAGCCGGCGGCGCGAAGCGCCGUGCGAGGGUACUAAUUCCCCCCGGCUAUUUACACCCGGGGAAACGAAAGCAUUAGCCAAGUCUAAAGUUCAUCAAUGAGCGCGGGCGUCGGUCACCAACGAUGGGUGGUCAUCCUCACUGAUCUCAAAAAUAUGGCGGACUGUCAUGAAUAACGGACACUGAUUGGGCCAAUUUAAAGUUUGCAUUAUAACGGCUGCAUGACGACAGCGAAAUAGCAAACAUUUCUUGAUUUGAUGAGUUGAUGAUUGAUAAAUUUCUUGCAAAUAUUCUUCAUUUUUGCUCGUAUUUCUGCAAGAUUUUGUAAAUUUCCAGAAAGAAAGGGCGAAAGAAUCAGCUAAAAGAAGGGAGCCGACGUUAACGAAGGUAAGUUUGUUUUAAAUAUUGAUUUUAUAAUGGCUUUAAAACCCGACGGCCUUUGCGUAUAUGAAACAACUAAACAAGACAGCAUAUUAUUUCAGUGUAUCUUUAAUAUUGAUUCCCUUUUUUAUUAUAUUGAAUUUUUUAAAUAAAAAAUAAAGCAAAGUUAUUUGCAAGCGAGAAUUUGAAAUCAUUUUAUUGCAAAAUCAAAGUUUAUCGAUAUAUAAAAGCCAUUUAAUAGUUAAUUGUUAAAGGCAGUUUAGUUUUAUAAAGAACUCUUUAAAACGUUUUGUGAAUUGUUUGUGGUUAAAUUUUACCUUAAAUUGAAGCUUGUAUUACGUAUAAUUACAUACCUAACAUAAAUAUGUUGGAAAAUUGAUAAUUUUGUAAUUAAAAGUGAUAUUUUUAGGCGAUUUUCAUUUGUAAGAAUAUUCUUAAAAAAUUAUCGUGUUACCAUGACAACUACUUUAGAUACUUCAUGUUCGGAAAAUACAACGGUUUUGUCAGCAAGGCGAGGGUUUCUGCAUGCAUGUAUUUUCUAGUAUAUGGGUAUACAUGGCUGAUUGAAAUAACCAACCAUGCAUAUUUUUUUUCGAGCACUUAAGGUUGCAACUCCAAUUUUGAGACUUGUCCAAAUUAUGGAAGUUAGGUUAAAAGUAUAUUAAUGUUUUGAACAGGAAUUGGUAAAGAAAAUUGGCACAUAUAUAUUAACCCUUAAAUUGUCAAUUUGUGCUGAAUAUCACCAUAAGUGAUUCUGAAUGGCAAAUAGUGAGUUAUUUGGUCAGUAAAAUACUAAUCAAGGCGGUGACAUAACGUCAUUCACUCUAUCUCAUGGUAAAAGCCUGAAACAUAUAUUAAAGGUAACGUAGUUACACUACAAAAGGUAUAGCGAAGGGAAUUUUUGGCGACAUUAUCAUCCAUAUACUUGUUUAAUAAUGGCCGCGGCACACUUUAAAUUUUUAUUUUUAGGAGACGGCGCUUAUAGAGGGAGGUGUUUAUUUGAGGACGGCGCUCUUUAUUAAUUGCUUUAAUUUACCCUAUCAAGAUAUUGACGAAUGUCAAGGAAGUCAAACGGUUUGCGAUCAAGUAUGUACGAACACAGUGAGUUCUUACUUUUGUGGAUGCAACGAUGGCUUUUCUUUGGAUUCAGAUGAAAGAACUUGCAGUG